CCACCACGUCACCCGCCUGAAACCACCACCCUCAUUUACCUAAAACCACCGUUUUCACCGAUCAUUAAACGUCCAUCAUCAGAAUCUUCAAAAUACUGUUAAAAGAUGGGGAGGACUAGGAAACCCGCCUGGAGAAAUUCAAAUGGAGAGGGGUACAAACGAAACAAAAUACAAAAAAUUACCACCCGAGCUUCAACAUCUAAGGGAAGUCCUCAAUCACUUAAGAAGACAUCCCUCUUUGUGUCUGAUGAUGCUGAGAAAAGAUUUAAUAAGUUUACCAGCAAACGGAAACUAUUUAUGGAAAGAGGUUUCACAUGGUCCGAGUCUAGCGCACCUGAGUUUCCCGAUACCAUUACUCAAGCUAUCCGAUUUCAUAAGUGGGAAAACUUUUGCCAGCAUCCUUCUUCUGCGUGUAUUGCUGUAGUUCAAGAAUUUUAUGCCAAUUAUGAUGCUGAUAGACCUGAUUCAGUGUUUGUUCGAGGUAAAUUAGUUGAUGUAACUGCAUCAUCUAUCAACUCUCUAUUCGAACUCACUGAUCAUCAAGGUACUCUAUAUGAACUUUCCUCAAAAUUACUGCUUUCCACAAUGAGCGACAUCCUGGAGAAAUUGACUGAACCUGGAACAGUACACACCCGAGCAUCAGAUGGGACUAUUACAUUCCCGCGAAAAUCUCUCAAGGCGGGCUUGAAUAUCUGGUUUAACUUUGUCCAACACAACCUUCUUCCAUCUGCUGAUGAUACAAUAGUUGAAAAAGAUAGAGCCAUUUUGUUGUAUUGUAUCUUGGUAGGAAAACGGAUCAAUGUUGGAAAAGUGAUAGCAGAACAGAUUGGGGUAUGUGCUAGCCAUAAUGAUGGCAGUUUGUGGUUCCCUGUUCUCAUCACACGAUUAUGUAAUCGACAUAAUGUUCCCCUAUCCAAUCUUGAACCUAUCCAUCAACCUUAUUCUCCUCUUGCUGUGAAUCUGAGUAAGCAAACACUGAAGAGUAACCCUAUUGAGAUCGAAUCAGAUCAGGAAACGACCCAAUCAUAUCAUGCCCCUUCAACCCCUGCCAAGCCUUCAUCUCUGCCUCACAGUGACUCAGAAGUCGUGCUGUUAAUGGAUGAUGAUGGCGAUGAAGAACUCUUAGACCACAAACUGGAACAGCAGGAGUUGGUUGAAAACGUGUCUUCUAUGUUAGAUUGUCUGGGACAGGCAUCUCCUAUAAAGGCUUCAUCUCCUGGCAUUUGUGUCCAUGGCUACAAGGUGCAGAAGAGUAAUGUACCGAUUCUUGAAGACAUUUUCAAGAAACAUGGUGACAUUGCUGCUAAAUCCAUAUACACAAUAACUUCUAUGAGAUCUUCUUUCCUUGAGGGUAUUUGUGAAGUUGUCAGGCUAGUUAAUACCAAUCAUGUUGUAGAAAAUAUGGAAGAAAUAGAACAUUAUGUGUCACAGGCAGAGCAAGCCAAGAUUGAUGUGUCUUGGCUUCGGGCUCACUUGGAAGCCUUGCAGAAAACAAAGGAUGCUAUGGAAAAUAUAAGUUUGCUUGAAGAAAUGAAAGCAAACACUGUUUUAGUUAAACAAGCCGCCCUAAAGGUUGAGAGGCAGAGAUGUGCAGAGCUCUUGGCCGCACAAGAAAGAUUUGUAGAGGCAGACAGGUGUGUGAGUGUUCUUCACUUUGUUGAAAAAUAUCUGGGAGACAAUCUGGUGAAAUCUGAAGCUGAAAAAGCCUUAUUGGUAACACAACCAAUUCUAUAGUUAAUUAACUUAUGUUAGACAUAUAAUUAAUAGAAAGAUCGACAGGGUCAUGCCUAACCCUUGUUUUGUCAUUCUAGAAACAUCUUAUAUUUGGUCUAGUGGUGUGCGGCCUCUUAUCUGAAAGACACCUUGAGUUUUGUUCAUAUAUAGUAAUAUCUAAAUUAUUGGA